AUCGAAACAACUACAGAAUAAAUAUGUAAGAUGUCUCUUGCGAUGAUAAUUCCAAGACAAUCACUUGCUACAUUAAGCGUCUAUAUACAGUAAAACCUCGUCAGCAAUAUUUAUUUAUGAAUUCUCUAGGGUGGAACCCUACGAAAUUAACAGGAAGCUUUUUAAUUAUGAUAGUCAUUUAUAAAAAAAAAUAAAAGACAAUACAGUGUGGAAGAACAACUAAAAUAUAUGGGGAGUCAUAUGUUGAGAAAAGUAAUCGAAGAGACAAAUGUCUAAAUGUCUCAAAGAAAAACUCUAUUAUCGAAAAUUGUUUAAAAUUUUUUUGUCAAUAUUUGGGAUUUUAAAAUGCACAAGGGAAUCCAUGCUGGAGAAAGGCGCUUUCACUGUGAAUCAUGUGGUAAAUCGUUCGUCCGUAAUAGUAAUUUAAAAGAACACCAAAGAAGACACACCAAAGAAAAAUCCUAUCGCUGUGAUAUUUGUGGGAAAUCCUUUAUCACUAAUUCGGAUUUAUGCGGCCAUAAAAGAGUGCAUACUGGAGAAAAGCCAUUUCCCUGUGAAAUAUGUGGAAAAUCUUUUGCUCGUAAAAGUCUUUUGAAAAUUCACAUUAGAACACACACCGCAGAGAAACCCUAUCGGUGUGAUAUUUGUGGGAAAUCUUUUAUUACUAACGGGGACUUGAGUAGGCAUGAAAAAAUUCACAGUGGGGAAAGACCAUUUUACUGUGAAAUAUGUGGAAAAUCUUUUCUGCGAAAUAGUAAUGUGAAAAGACAUAUACGAACGCAUACUGGGGAAAAACCAUUUAGUUGUGAAAUAUGUGGAAGCGCUUUCACUGAAAAUAGCAGGUUGCAGUCGCAUAUACGAACACAUACGGGAGAAAAACCAUAUCACUGUGAUAUAUGUGGAAAUUCUUUCACUGUAAAAUGCUCUCUUGAAUCUCACAAACGGGUACAUACAGGAGAAAAACCAUAUCGCUGUCAUAUAUGUGGCAAAUCGUUCAGUAAUAACCGGUUAAAAGCACAUGAAAAAGUACAUACUGGAGGAAAAUCAUAUCAUUGUGACGUAUGUGGCAAAUAUUUUAGUAAAAGUGGUAGUUUAAAAACACACAAAAGAGUACACACUGGGUAUUGGAAAUCAUUUGUAAAUGACAUGGCUCUAGAAACGCACAGAAGAAGGCACGCCGAAGAAAGGUCCUAUCAUUGUGAUAUUUGUGGGAAAUCAUUUUUCGUUGUUGGGUAUUUAAAUAGGCACAAACGAAUACACUCUGGCGUAAAGCCAUAUCAUUGUGAAAUAUGCGGGACAUCUUUUCUCCGUAAUAGCCAUUUGGAAAGACAUGUGAGGAUACAUACGGGGGAAAAACCAUUUCAGUGCGAAAUAUGUGGGAAAAAUUUUGCCCGUAGUAGCCAUGUAAAAAUUCACGUGAGGACACACACGGGAGAAAAACCCUUUCACUGCGAGACGUGUGGGAAAGCAUUCAUUGAGAAUAGUAGUUUAAAAUCACACAUAAGAGUCCAUACGGGAGAAAAACCUUUCCAUUGUGAAAUAUGCGGAACCGCUUUCAGUCAAAACAGUACUUUAAAAGGACACGAACGAAUACACACGGGGGAAAAGCCAUAUCGUUGUGAAACAUGUGGUAACUCUUUUAGUGAUAAGAGUACUUUAAAAGUACAUAAACGAAUUCACACGGGAGAGAAACCGUUUCAGUGUGAAAUAUGCGGGGUCUCUUUUAGUUACAAGAGUACUUUAAACGGACAUAAAGCAAUGCACACGGGAGUAACCCCAUAUCAGUGUGAAAUAUGCGGGAAAUCUUUCUGUAAAAAUACUACUUUAAAAUCACAUAAAAAUCUACACACUGGAAAAAGGCCAUAUCAGUGUGAAAUAUGCAGGAAAUUUUUCUCCAGUAAUUCUUCUCUUAUAAAUCAUAAACGCAGUCACGCUGGAGAACAUGAAGCUACAUCACUGUGAAAUGUUUGGAAAACUUCUCUGAAUUCUAAACUUGUCGCCCAUAAACAAAUACAUUCCAUAUCAUUGUGAAAUAUGUAAGAAAUAAUUCAGUAAAAGUUUGAUUGUAAGUCUCGUGCGCGCACACACUCUCUCCCACUCUGUCUGUCUGUCUCUUGUUAUUGUAGAAUGUAUUAAGUAUCAUUUCUUGUGUAAUUAUCGAACAAAUACACAUUACAGAAAGGUAAUUGGCAUUCUGAUGAUUCCAGAUAACUUUUUCAGAAUUUAAUCAAAGAGGAGAUGAAGAAUUUUGAGAAAAUUACUUUUAAUUUAAAGUUAAUUUAUUAAACUAAAAAAAAUAUCAUUAAAGAAAUUUGUUCAAAAACAAUUGCAUCAUGGUAUUGUGAUUCUUUAUUUUCUUCUAUUUAUUUAAGUUACAAUGUCUUUCACCUCACAUGUAUAACUUUGGUAACUGGCAAUCUAUGCUGAUAUAAAUACUAUUCUCAUGAAAUAAUAAUAAUACCAAACAAUUAAAUAUUGUCAUCAUUGUUUUUAAUGUCCACUUUUCCAUGCUUGCAUGGGCCAAACAGAGUUUACUGAGACAAAUUUUGUACAGCCACAUGCCAUUUUUUGUCACCAACCCUUCCUUAUUUCCAAGGAAGGUAAUAUUUUUCAGUGGCCUAACAUGUUUUUGAAGAAUGA